AUGCUGUCUGCAAUUAUCCUUGCCGUUAUUCUCUCCUGCGCCCUUGCAGAUGUUCAAUACCCUAAAGGCCACCCAUUCCUCACCGACACCCGUCGACCACGGACUGCCAACUACACUACCGUGUCCUUUGUCGACCCACACACGGGGAUUCGUGAGCGCAUUACGUACACUCUAUCAGCUGCUCGAGAUGUGCUAUUCAAUGACGAUCUGAGCUUUGGCCCAGAGUCUCUUCUCCUUGACUGGGUUAAUAACCGAACAGAUCCGCAACCUGUUCGCAGAGGUCUUGGAGUGAGACCUUCCCGCGCAUGGCCCACUGCAACUCUCGUAUAUAAAUAUGAUUCGUGCGAGACGAGAGAAUUACUACAGGGUGUUGUUGAUACAGCAAUAAAAGAGUGGCUCAAAGGCGCCCCAUAUCUUAUUUUCAAAGAAAUGCCGCCGAGCGCGCACGAUCCCGAAAGCGAGGGCAUCUUGACCAUCACCAAACACGAUCCGGAAUCAUAUUGGUGCUGGUCAGUCGUUGCAUGGGCUUGGGGUAAAAAGGGUAGGCGGAUGAACCUACAGUGGUUGAGUGGGUCGGGUGGACGAAGUUGCGGGCAGGAUCUCAGCACCGCUAUUCAUGAAUUCGGCCACGCUCUGGGGUUGAUGCAUGAGCAUCAGAGACCUGAUAGGGAAGAACAUAUCACUAUAGACUGCGCGAGCUAUUCACCGUGGACGAUCGAUGGCUGUCCGGAUCCGUCUUAUCCUGCUUGUUGCACUGGAAGCACAGACAGAUGCUGUGGCGAUUGGCAUAACUAUGACAUCGCCCCAAGCAGUCGAUUCAAUAAAUAUGGGGAUUAUGACUGCAAAAGCGUGAUGCAUUAUAGUGCGAGCAGUGUUCUGAGAAGCAAGCCAGGAUGUAUUAUCAGCCCCUCGACUACCCCGACACAGGGAGAUUACGAUGCUCUUUGUGAUAUUUAUAGCACGGAAUGCGCUCCUUGGAAGGGUAUCAACUUUUGUCCGCCGAAGGAAAACGUGGAAUGUGGGGUGUGCAAUCCAGUUGCUGGCCUCAACAAGUGUGAUAUUAGCACAUCUUGUAUCUCCACAGGAGGGAAAUUUCAUUGCGCUUGCCGAGCCGGCUUCAAGGCGAAUGCUGCAGGGAGCGAUACCACAAAGCAUUUCCGCCUGCCAUGGGAUAACUACCGGCAUCUCGUUUUCGUCCCCGAAAAUACUCAAUGUAAUACGCUGUGUGAUAAUCCUCAUGGAAUUUCUCCAGAGCUUUGCUCAGAAGUUGAAUUAAAGGAGACCUGUCCAAUCUAA